GCGCACGCGCAUCAGGCUUGUGGCGCAUGAGCUAACCAGACAAUCUGCUCCGCAUGCGCAUUUCCCCGCCCCCGCCUUACCUCCAAGCUGUUCUGGGGUUCAGAGCGCAUGCGGAAACGGGGAGGGGAAGGAAAGGAGCGCUCGCCGGGGCGCAUGCGCACCUGGCAGUGCUGGAGGGCGGGGCGGUGAGAUGGCGGUGGCACGGGCGCUGUGGCGGGGGGCAGUGUGCUGGUGUCCCGGAGCUGGGGAUGGCUCGUGGGCUGUGCCGGUUUGCAGACUGAAGUCAUCAGUCAGUUUCCUUACUCGACCUGAUCGUCCAAAUCUAGCUUACCAUAAGCUAAAAGGCAAGAACCCAGGCGUUGUUUUUCUCCCAGGUCUUAAUUCAAAUAUGAAUGGUCACAAAGCAAUUGCACUUGAGGAAUUCUGCAAAUCUUUAGGUCAUGCCUAUGUAAGGUUUGACUAUACAGGAUGUGGAAGCUCAGAUGGUCAUCUUAAGGAAUGUACAAUUGGGAAGUGGAGAAAAGAUGUUCUGUCAGUACUGGAUGAACUCACAGAGGGACCACAGAUUCUCGUGGGAUCCAGCUUGGGUGGAUGGCUGAUGCUUCAUGCUGCAAUAGCGCGCCCUGAAAAAGUAGCUGCUUUAGUUGGAGUAGCUGUAGCUGCAGACUACGUCAUAACAACUUUUAACCAGCUUCCUGUUGAGGUAAAAAAAGUAGUAGAAGAAAAAGGUGAAUGGAAGCUGCCAACAAAACAUAACGAAGAGGGCUUUUAUUGUUUGACAUAUGAUUUCAUUAAAGAAGCAGAAAACCAUUGUCUCUUAGCUAGUCCUAUUCCCAUAACUUGCCCUGUAAGACUUAUCCAUGGCAUGAAGGAUGAAGAUGUUCCUUGGCAUAUUUCCAUGCAGGUUGCUGACCAUGUCUUGAGCAAAGAUGUUGAUAUCAUCCUCCGCAAAGCUGGCCAACACCGGAUGAAAGAAAAAGAUGACACAAAGCUUCUUGUGUACACUGUUGAUGAUUUGAUUGAUAAGCUUUCACACUUGGUGUGAGUUGCAUGGUAAAACAAAUGCAUGAGUACACAUGGCUCUCUUCUGUGUUAACUGAAAAUGUCUUUAACGGCAGUGGAACACUGCUGAAUCAGAAAAGGUGCAGAUGCUAUGAACAAAAGGAACUGAAGCUUUAACUGUUGUUUCCUUUACCUCUGUUUUGUAAAAAAAGGUAUUUUCUAAAUGCUGCAUUUGCACAAAUAGUAGAAAAUGUGAAGAAACUGCUGCUGUUUGUUUGGAAACUUCUCCCCCACCUCAGAUCUGUGACUUUUUUCACAAGUUUCCUACACUAUUUUGUAUUGAAAUAUGUUUACCUUUCUUAGAUUUGUGCCAAUGCUUAUUUUUUCUAUUAUUUGACCUGUACAAGUUAUUUUUACGUUCACUUCACACGCUUCAAAUAUUGUGCUUUAUGCUGUAACAUUCUUAUUUGAGUCCUGAAACUUUUAUGCAAGUUUUUUGGCUCAUUUAAAAAAAAUACAGCUGAAAUGUUUAAUGAGAUUUGUGUCUUUGAAUAUAGAAUGAGUCAACAUGAAGCAUAAUAAAAAAAAAAAAAAAAGCUUCAAAUAUAAGGUGGUAUUUUUUUGUUGCUGCUUACUAAACAAAAAAGAAAAGAAAAGCCCUGGUUAACAAAAUAAUGCUCUUAGUGUCUUUGUGCCUGGGAUGUAAUAUGAUGAGCAAGUUGGACUUUGUGGUGCUAUACUACUUAAUCAUCAUAGCCCUGAUGCACCACUCGGAUAGGAAUUGCACGGCUAUUAUUUUAUGACUUUAGAAUAGCUAGCUCUCUGCCCUAACAUUCUGCACAACGUACAGGACUGAAAUUCAUGGUAUUUCUGCUUUUGUUAGUUUUUCAUUUUGAGGCAGGAAUGAAGCGAAUAGACCAAUGCUUGUUCCCAACAUCAUGCAUAAAAUUGAAUGCACACACUAACACUUGAAAAAUUGCAUUUUCUGACUGGUUUGUUUUUUUUUUGGUCUCUAGGGAAUAAUAUCUACUCAGUUCAAAUUAUAACUUUAGUUAUUACAUGAGUCAACUCUACACAGCUUCCUGUUUGUUAAACUCCUUACUUAAGCAGUGUUAAAACAAAGCCAAAGUUUUGUCAGUGUUAUGCUUUUUGGCUUCACUUUCCCCAGUUACUCAUUACAGUGAAUAUUAAUUUGGCAUGCAUGCUUGGAGAAAGCACAAGGAAGGAUUUGGCCUCCAGUACUUACUCUAAUACUGGACUUGAAUACUUCUGUUCAUUAGGUACUAAAUCUGCUUUAUAGACUAAACAUGAUGUGUGCAAAUAUGAACACUGCAGAGCUGAAAUGAAGUUGCAUGUAAAGCAUAUAAAUCAGUAGGUGUCUCACCUGGGGAUUAAAUUAUGAAUGUGUUUGUCAGGUAGGUUAUUUCUCCAGAAAUAAAAUAUAUGUGCCAUGAAAUGUCAGAUGAGUUGAUUUAGGUAAUAGGCUGGAAUAACAGAAACCAUGCAUGGUUACUGUUUAAUUAGAAAAAUAAUUUGUGACCACUGGUUUCAUUAAUUUUCAAUUAAUAAAUUACUUCAGGAUUACCAAAUAAAGACUAAAGCCACUAGGGGCACCAUAUGCCAAAAGAAUCUCAAAUCUGUUAUAACUUGCUCUGGUUUCUCUUCAAGUCGCAUAAAUCUUUUACCUUGGUGUUAACACUGAGAGAAGCACUAAGUGGUUUUUUUUGUUAAGUACUGUUUUGUGCAUCUAUUUCAUCACUAUACAAACAAGAGGUCAUAACUUGCCACUUUCACAGCCCAGCUGGAAGGAGAAAACAUAACUAUAAAUUCAGAGGAAGCAAGGAUACGGUUUACAAUUUAAAUCCCGUUCUUCUGAAUUUCAUAACUUGUUCCUCUAAUCAAAUUAAGACGUUGAAUAAGAAAUGUCUAUUUAUGAAUAAGAACAUUUCAGGAAUUCUGUCUUCCAAAUAGUACUUUUAGCAUUUUUCAUGCAUGCAGUAUAUACAGCCCCUUCAGUAGGACAACCUUUAAAAAUUGACUUCACCAUUCCUCUACACUUUGAGUGAAAGUUCAGAGGAUAAGGGUGUAUGCAUUCACUCUUCUGGCAUCUUCUGGUGAAAAUUAGCACUUUGUUCAGAAAAUUAUUUUUGUUUUAUAUUGUUGUUUCUAGUACUUGAAAUGUGGAAGUUGAUUGUGAAGUUUCUUUCCUGAAGAGUUUAAAGGGACUCAACCAAAUCAAAACCUGACUUGAAAACUAUGUUCUACCCUUGAUACAUCUUGGACAACUUUUGUACUCAUAUGCUUAAUAAAUCUCUCUCCUCAGGUUCUUUCACUUCUUUUUUCCUGGCUAUGUUAUACAUCAGAAAGGCUGCAUAAUUAUUGCUAAAAAUGUAGCAACAGACUGAAACAGAUGGACCCCAAUUAUACUUAAAUCUUUGGAGACUUCUUAUCCGACUUCUCACAUACUAAAAAGUGAGAUUUUUUUUUUUUUUUUUUUUUUUUUAAUGUGUCCCUUUAACCUUCCAUUUGUAGCCGUUCUGAUAAGGUAAGGAAGAGAAAAUGUCCAUUAGAACUAUGCCUAGUCUAACUGUAUAAUGGAAACAUGUUCAACUUUACCUUCCACUGAAACAUUCCUUUCUUAAAAAUGUUCAACUCUACUUUCCACUGAAACAGUCUGUUCUUAAAACUGUCACCUGUCACAAAUAAAGUACUGUU